ACGGUGACCUUAAAGACACGGCGCAACCAAUUCCUUCGAGGCAUCCAUUUUCCUUUGACGGGUUGAGCACAAACCCUAAGGCGUUCUCAUCGCGCUUUCCUCUGUCGACUGAAGGCCACGGAUCUCAGUUGUUUCUCCAAUGUCUGGAUCUCUCCCGAAAAGUAUCAAGUAGAUAAAGUUUGAGUUCGCUUGUUUCGGUUUCAAUUUGGAAACUCUUGUGGGUACUCGAUCAAAAUUUCGUUGAUGGUGCUGAAGCUAUUGAUUUUUUCUACACAUAUUUGCCAUGGAGCUGUAAAAUUUACUGAGAAACGGGAACUAGGGAUCGGAGGAUAAUAUUUUGGUCUGAGAAAGAGAGGAAGAUCGGCUUUUGCACGGAUGAGCGAAGCGAACGUACCAUCAGAUCCACUGGUAGAUGAACAACUUUCCAGGAAUCAUAACCUUAUCCUGCCCCUCCUUAACGAGGGUUCUGAAUUGGUAGUUUGCUCCGACAGAGAUGGUGGGCAGGCUGCGGCUGAAGCCCCAGAAGCUGCAGAACUGGAAGCAGAUUCUGCGGCCAUCGACACCCAUCACAAGAAUUCUGACCCUGUCACUGAGGAGAAACCCAACACAGUGGGAGAAGCAGUGGGGAAGGGAUCUGAUGACUCCGAAGCGAUAAGUUCUUGUAAUAUCGAUGCUGAUGUCGGUAUUGUUUAUGAGGGAACAACCAUCGUAGAGGAAUCCCAUGGUCUGGAAGUGGCACCAUUAAACACUGGUGAUUUUAGCAUUAUUGUUGGUGUUGUUGAUGAUGAAACCGAUAUUAGAAAAGAAUCUGAUGACUUGGAAGUGACACCAAUAGGCACUGGUGUUGUUGAUGCUAUUGUUGGUUUUGCUGCUGGUGGAACCACUGCUAGAAAGGAACCCAGUGGUCCAGUAAUUCCAUCAAGAUGCUGUGAUGAUUCACAUGUUACAGAUAGUGUUGAGGCUAUGACUAAUGGUGCUGGGAAGCAUGACCCAAACAUGCUGUCUACCAGCUGUGAGGCAGCUAAGGCCACUAAUUAUGUUGCAGAUAGGGAGACUGAAUUUGAAGAAGCUACUGAUGGCAGUACCAUGGUUCCUUUGCCUGAAAAGGCCUUAGAAAAGAAGGUUGGCACACUUGUCACUGCAGCCAUGAAGAAGUAUGCGGUGCCAAGAUCAUCCAGUUAUCAUGGAGUUACAAAGUUGAAGUGGAGUGGAAAAUUUGAAGCACAUCUCUGGGACAACACAAGCAGAGUUGAAGGGCGGAAACGGAAAGGCAAACAUGUGUAUUUAGGCAGCUAUGUUUCUGAGGAGAUGGCAGCAAGAGCUCAUGAUCUUGCUGCUCUAAAAUACUGGGGUCCAGGACCUACCACCAAACUUAACUUCCCCGUUUCUGAUUAUGAAAAAGAACUCGAGACCAUGAAGACCAUGUCUCAAGAGGAAUUUGUUGCCUAUGUGAGAAGAAAAAGUAGCUGUUUCUCCAGAGGAGCUUCGAUUUACAGAGGAGUGACAAGAAGACGGAAAGAUGGCAAGUGGCAAGCUCGAAUUGGUCGGGUUGGUGACCUUAAGGAUGCCAAGGACAUCUACCUGGGAACAUUCGACACCGAAGAAGAGGCUGCUGAGGCUUAUGACAUUGCAGCCAUUGAACUCCGAGGGGUGCAUGCGGUGACAAAUUUUGACUUAAGCAACUACGAUGAAGGAGGUAUAAAACGAUCGGAGGAUCCCUGCACACUUGAGAUGUAAAGUCAAAUAAUGGUUGGUUUCAAUGAGUGUAUACCUUUUGGACUCGGUCUCCCUCUGACCUUCCGAAGCAAUAGUUUUUUAAGACUUUUGAGCAGAGUGUGUUGUUUGUAAUGUCUGUUCUGGUGGAUGUAGCUUUCUCUGGCUCAUUUAAGUUGGACUCUGCCGGGGUCAAAUGAAAUGCCUGGUUAGCUUUGCUUGUCAGAGCUUACUAACUAGUUCUGCCCCUAUUCCAUUCAGAUUCAGUUUGA